UACGCUAAUUAAAACCUAAAUGAUGUCCCUCCCAUUCAUAACCACAAAUCAUUGUUCCAAGACUCCUGAACUGAAGCCUGCGGUGAUUUUGUUAACAAUUCCAGAGUCGAACAUAUCAAGAGGUGCAGGGAUUAGUAUUCCAGUAGGCCCCUCCCCUUCGCCAAGCCCCGCCCCCCUUACAUAUGAAGUGGGAGUUUGGAGCCGAUGGAAAAGCCUGUACGGCAGUGAGCCUGAAGGCGUUACAGACUGGUCAUUUGACGAGAACUGCCUGUUCUGCUGCUUAAAACGAGACAAAGUCAAGGAGCACUUAGUUGGCCUGAGCGACCCGGGGUUGGAGAGUGGGGCUAAACCCCUGCUGCUCAAAGACCAGACCAAGAUCAACAGACUUGAGAAACAAGCUGAGGAAUUUUUUAAUGCAGUCCUCUACAAAGAAGAUGUGCCCAGCUUCUCGGACCCGCACAUUCCAGUAGUGGCUCUGGAGAUAAUGCAGAGGAUGAUCCGCCAGUUUGCUGCAGAAUAUACCUCAAAAAGCAGUUCCUCUACUCCAGACAGCCGCUCCACUCCCAGGCCUGGUCCCCACCCAGACCAAAGCCUGCCUCCUCCCCCCUCGCUGCCCACGGUGCCCCCAGCUGCCAGCACUGGUGGUACUGCGACCGCCUCCGUGCCCAGCCAGAACCCCGUCCUCUCCAAGCUGCUGAUGGCCGACCAGGACUUGCCUCUCGACCUCACUGUCAAGAAGCCUCUGCCACAGCCUGUAGAACAAGAUGGAGUCCUGGACCUGUCACUCAAAAAGGGACGGGCCAAAAGCAGCACGUCAUCGCUCCGCAGCCCUCAUCUUUCCCAGACGUCCACUCUUAGAGGUGAAUGUCUGGAGCUGACUACAGAAAAUGCCAGGGACCUGCAGUCCACCUCUACGCUGGAGGAGUUUAUGACCAAGCUCUGUCUGCACCACCAGAGGCAGAUUGUCGACGCUCUGGGCUUCCUACACACAGAGGUCAAGGCUAUAUCCUCCUCCAGCACUUCGCUAGCUCCUGCCUCCAAACCCUCUUGCUCAGUGGAGCACGGAGCCCUCCAGGGUCCUAGCGCUGCACCUUGCCUUCAGUCCCCAGAGAGGGGGAGGACUGGUCAGAAACUUCCCCUGGCUUCCACUCCAAAAGGAUCGACGGAGGGGAAAGAAAGUUUGGUAACCCCAGAGCAGACUGCUGUGUUCCGAAAUGUGUCUGGGGCCGCUGGGCCGGCCUUGGAUCUACGUCAACCUGGCCCAGGGGAGUCUAAGGCUUUGGCAACACUGUUCAGAAGCGCAGAUGACAGUGUGAGUAAACGUCUUAGUGACCAUGCUCCGCUAAAGAUCAAAAUCUUGAAGUCCAGCAGCCUGGCUGAUGGUAAGAAGCUAUCCUGUGUGCUCACCACCUCUCUUCCUGCUGGUGCCGGUACUUUGGAAGAAAUGCAGGGCAUUUCUGACUCCUCAACCAGAGCAGAUACUUACAGUGCUGGACAAGGCUCCUCUGUGAAAAGGCACGAUCAUGCUGAUCGCUCAACAAGACAAAGAGGCUCCAUUGAACAUACCAAAGACACGCUGGUCAAACAAAGUCCACCUGAAAAGAUCCCCAACAACAUACCCCCGGUUUCCCCCGGGACAGCAAGGAAGACCAUAAAGGGGUCUUCCUACCAUCGGCCUAGGGACACUUCCUCAGUGUGUCGGUUUGUAACCGACCCUGAUCUCGGCCACUGCGACAUCGUCUACAUCGACAAACCAAUCACAGAGUGUUUCCGGGAUCGACAGCACCGUCUGCUCCCUCGACGCAACGCCAGGAAAAGCACCCGAGGUCACAUGUAUGUGGAGGAAAUGUGGGAGCUGAAGACUGUCCGUACAUUAGCCAAGACGUCUGCCCGCAAUGAUAGUGGCAACUGUCCCACUCCAAUGCCAGAGCUCAUCACUCUGGUCACCCCUAAACAGGUGAUUGGCAAGCCUGAGGGAGUACCUCUUGUGGAUAUGCCUUUUGUUGGAGGUUUUGUGGAGACGGUCAGUCAGAAAACUCCUUCCGAGCUUCCAGCUGAAAGUGAGGUGGCUGGGGAUGUGGAGGCUGCAGCAGCAUCAGCCAGUGGGAUGGCACUGAACGUUGAGACUAGUCAGACAGACCAGAGUCAGUGCAAAGAGCAGACUGCCCCUCCACCUCCUCCACAGAGUCCCCCAGUGGAUAACGAGCAGAGUACAGGGACGAACUCGGAGCAGCCAAGGCGGAGCAUAGCACCAGAGGAUAAUCUAGCUCAGACUGUGGUCGAGACGGCAGAUCAGGGUGUAAACAGUAAACACAAUUACAUAGUUUUAAGUGAAAACCCAGAGCAGGUGGUGAUGGGGAAAGAUGUAAACUUAUCACAGGAUAAGACAUCAGACGAAGCUGAGCUUGUCCAGGAUAUGCUGCAGAGUGUGCCAAAGGGCCAGAAAGUUGUCUCUGAAACCCAACAGGAAUCUGCAUCACUGACCCCUUCCCUGGAGAGCAAUGAAGACAAAGAGGUAGUGAGUGCAGGUGCAGUUGACAAAGAGCAGGCAAUGCCUCUGGAACCGCAAAUUUCAGUUGACCAGAAACCGUCUGAGGGCUCUGGAGGAGAAGCAAAAGCUGGCAUGGAGGUUCCCGUGGAGAGUGAAAGGAUAGAGGUGCAGGAAACGGGCGAGGUUGAACCAGACUUGGCUCCAGGCGAUGGCGACAAUGUGCCUGAAGAGAAAAAGACACAUGUUGAUCCGUCCUCUAAAAAGGUCAGUAAGGCAGUUGAGAAAGAAUUGCCUCUCAGGCAUUCUGAAAAACAGGGUAUUCCAGCACGGGUGAUUCCUUCAAGGGUGAAGGAAGCUGCAGUGAUUGAUACAGAGAGUAUGAUUAUAUGUGGAUAUGUGAAUGGUAGACCUAUUGGACAUUCUGACAGAUGUUUGCGUGAACGGCCAGCCAGAACUACCCCAGAGUCUACUCCUACUAAGACUAAACGCCCCACUAAGGCGUCUCUGAAACAGACUGAGAACCCUUCUGAGAACGCGUCUGAGAUUCCACAAGUGUCACAUGAGACUGCUCUCACCCCGAUCCCUGCUGGGGAAAGCGUCAAAAGCCCUUCGUCGAAGCGCCUCACCAAGGCCUCCCUGAAACAAUGUGAGAAAUAUUCUGAGAACAUGCCAGAGGUUCCUCAAGUCUCUCUCCCUUCAGCCGAAGUGAUCAAAAGCCCUGUGUCCAUACGGCCCAAAAGAACCCCUAAAGCUAAAAUCAAUCAGAACCUGCCUGACACACAGACCCCUGCUGAAGCAAGCCAGAUUAUGUCUGACACAAGGACCCCUAUUUCCCCUAUAGCAGCAAGCCAGAGCAUUCCUGACACUCCUCAAGUCCCAGACACACCAGUCAACUCCUCCAGGAGCCCUGAGUCCAGACAACCCCUCAGAUCUGCCAGACUGCAACAGGCAGCAGCUGUUGCCUCCCCUCUCGCCCCUGUCGCCUCCCCUCUCGCCCCUGUCGCCUCCCCUCUCGCCCCUGUCGCCUCCCCUCUCGCCCCUGUCGCCUCCCCUCUCGCCCCUGUCGCCUCCCCUCUCGCCCCUGUCGCCUCCCCUCUCGCCCCUGUCGCCUCCCCUCUCGCCCCUGUCGCCUCCCCUCUCGCCCCUGUCGCCUCCCCUCUCGUCCCUGUCGCCUCCCCUGUCGCCUCCCCUCUCGUCCCUGUCGCCUCCCCUCUCGUCCCUGUCGCCUCCCAUCUCGACCCUGUCGCCUCCCCUCUCGUCCCUGUCGCGUCCCCUCUCGUCCCUGUCGCGUCCCCUCUCGUCCCUGUCGCGUCCCCUCUCGUCCCUGUCGCGUCCCCUCUCGUCCCUGUCGCGUCCCCUCUCGUCCCUGUCGCGUCCCCUCUCGUCCCUGUCGCGUCCCCUCUCGUCCCUGUCGCGUCCCCUCUCGUCCCUGUCGCGUCCCCUCUCGUCCCUGUCGCGUCCCCUCUCGUCCCUGUCGCGUCCCCUCUCGUCCCUGUCGCGUCCCCUCUCGUCCCUGUCGCGUCCCCUCUCGUCCCUGUCGCCUCCCCUCUCGUCCCUGUCGCGUCCCCUCUCGUCCCUGUCGCGUCCCCUCUCGUCCCUGUCGCGUCCCCUCUCGUCCCUGUCGCGUCCCCUCUCGUCCCUGUCGCGUCCCCUCUCGUCCCUGUCGCGUCCCCUCUCGUCCCUGUCGCGUCCCCUCUCGUCCCUGUCGCGUCCCCUCUCGUCCCUGUCGCGUCCCCUCUCGUCCCUGUCGCGUCCCCUCUCGUCCCUGUCGCGUCCCCUCUCGUCCCUGUCGCGUCCCCUCUCGUCCCUGUCGCGUCCCCUCUCGUCCCUGUCGCGUCCCCUCUCGUCCCUGUCGCGUCCCCUCUCGUCCCUGUCGCCUCCCCUCUCGUCCCUGUCGCCUCCCCUCUCGUCCCUGUCGCCUCCCCUCUCGUCCCUGUCGCCUCCCCUCUCGUCCCUGUCGCCUCCCCUCUCGUCCCUGUCGCCUCCCCUCUCGUCCCUGUCGCCUCCCCUCUCGUCCCUGUCGCCUCCCCUCUCGUCCCUGUCGCCUCCCCUCUCGUCCCUGUCGCCUCCCCUCUCGUCCCUGUCGCCUCCCCUCUCGUCCCUGUCGCCUCCCCUCUCGUCCCUGUCGCCUCCCCUCUCGUCCCUGUCGCCUCCCCUCUCGUCCCUGUCGCCUCCCCUCUCGUCCCUGUCGCCUCCCCUCUCGUCCCUGUCGCCUCCCCUCUCGUCCCUGUCGCCUCCCCUCUCGUCCCUGUCGCCUCCCCUCCCGUCCCUGUCGCCUCCCCUCCCGUCCCUGUCGCCUCCCCUCCCGUCCCUGUCGCCUCCCCUCCCGUCCGUGUCGCCUCCCCUCCCGUCCCUGACGCCUCCCCUCUCGUCCCUGACGCCUCCCCUUCUGUUGAAGGGGCUGUUAUUUUCAUUGUUGCCCCAGAACCGUCUACCUCCCUCCCACUCCCCUCCACUGAGCUCAACCCUCCCCUCCCCAUUGCCUCUCCUCUUCUUCCUAUUGUCUCCCAUCUCUUCCCUUCAUCUCAUCAGAACAGUGCAGUCACCCAGAGCUCUGCAGAGCUUAAAGUUCAAAAAGCUCAGCCAGCUCCAAAUUCAAAACCCAGCGAGACAGAGAAAACAGCAGAGGAAACUAGGGGGCAAACUAGACCAAAGCUCAGAUCGUCAAUGAUGGUAGCAAAGGAAGUUGAAAUUGUUGAGAAUCAGCAAGUUAGCAGUGAGGAUUCUGCUCUCACAGAGGGUACACGCAUUAAAAAGAGCGAGGCCCACACACAAAGUAGUCCACUAAGAAGUAAAAGAACUCUCAAAAAGGAAGGGGAAUCAAGCAAAUUGACUUUGCUGAAGAAGGCAGCGGCACCAACUUCAAUGGAUAACAAAACUUCAUCUGAAGAUUCCAGUAGGUCUUCCGUCAGCAGUACUUCAGACAAACCUGGGCGAAUGCCAUUGAGGAGUGAGAGUAGUAAAACUGACGUGGCCAGCCAGUCCAUUACCCCGGCAACCCCACCGACCCCAGUGGAGAACAGGAAGUCAGCUUUGAGAGUCCAGAGGUCGCCCAUACCCUCGACCAGUGCGCCAAUCACAGCUGAGAAAUGGAGUGAAGUGGCAUCUCCCAUUAGGCUGAAAUCCCCAGUGAGACUUCCAUCACCAAUCAGGUUCAAACCAGAGAGGAUCAUCAAGUCUCCAUUGAGGGAAUCACCUUUGCUGGUCAGUUCCCCUCUUCCCUCCAGCUCAGUCACUCCUUUCCUCCUGCCCAAGCUGGAGCUUCCAGUACAGACUCGACACAAGUUCCUGGAGUUACUGGAUGUAGAGGAAAACCAACAGAAAAUCUCCUCUCUGAACACCAUGUUCGAUAAGAUGCAAAGAGGCUGGGUCCAGAUGGACAAAGAGGGACAUCCAACGCCAAGACACAAAAAUAAGGCAGACAGACAGGCAGCGAUAUGGAAGAGUAAGCGCAGGGUCCGCAAGCCCAAGUCUUCGGAUCAUCAGAGGUACUCGCUAGUUCAAAUGCUUUUCAAGAACGAUUUGGACCUAGCCAGCAUUUGCCACUGGUACAUGGAGUCAACAGAAACCCAAUCCCUGGUCAUCGUAAAGAAGGUGAACACACGUCUUCCCUCUGAGACCCAGCUGCUCUUCCCCGGUAUGUCCCAAAGGCCAUCUCAAGGGGUCUUCCCUAGCCUUCAAGCUGAGCGCUUGAAGAAACACUUGAAGAAGUUUGCCAUGGCUUCCCCUGUGAAGAGCAACCCUAAGAGUCAGAAGCUGAUUGCUAAAGCCCUGGAGCAGGAGGUCAGUACAAGUAUGCCCAAAGGGAAGGAAAAGAGAGAGCUGACUACAGCCACUCGGAUCUCCACCAAAGCCUAUGUUUCCUCUGCAGAGGCACAGGCACAACCAGCCGACGGCCAGAAGGCCUCAGCGAAGGCCAAGAACCCAGCCAGCGCCCGGAUCCUGAGGAAGUACUCCAAUAUAAGGGAGAAGAUGCAAGGUCAACAGAGCUCCAAGAAUCCGAAAGGGGCCCCAAGAAAAGAGCUUGAAGCUUCCAAAGUCAAACCCUCUAAACCCCCAAAGAAAAAAUUGGCAAAACCGUCAAAAUUGAAACCGGCCAUUGCCCAGAGGCAGAAAUUAUCAGUUUCUGGUGAUAAAGGUGUAAAGGAGACAAGUGUAGUAAAAACAGAGCGAGCACAGCCAUCUCCUAGUAGAAAGUCUCCAGUAAAAGCUGCUGUCCUGGAGAGAUCAGUCAAGACUAGCGGCAGCAGUAGAACCUUACGGGAUCUCGGUAGGAAAGAGAGUGCAUCACCACAGAGGUCUCCCCAAAGAGUGAUGACUCCAAAAGCACAGAAAAACACCCCUGCUCCUGCCACCGUCCCCAAGACUGACUUUAACAAGCAGCAGGUUGGAGCAGAGAAGGCAGGGGUGGAUAAGACUAUGGCAACAAAAGCAGGUCAAACAAAGAGACCCUCUCAAAGUAGAGUCUUUGAGACUAAAGUCACUGAAAGUAAAGGUACUGAGAGCAAUGGCGCUGAAAGUGCUGCAGAGACUCCUCAACAGAACAUGGACGUCAAAACACCAGGUUCUCCUGACCAGGUUCUCACUAGGUCACAGAGGAAGAUGGAGGCCGAUCCACCCCCCUCCAUCCCUCAGAGUGCAAGCCCUAAGCCUGCCACUAAGAAAGCAAAUGAACCUGCUCAGAGUGGAACUCCUAAGAGUGCCACAAAGAGAGCUCUGGAGCCUACACAUACUGUUAGUACAAGCCCUAAGUCUGCCAUAAAGAGAGCCAGUGAACCUGCUCAAAGUGGAGCUCCUAAAGGUGCCACAAAGAGAAGCCAGGAGAGCCCACAGACUCCAGCCAAGCGCACCAGGACAUCCCUACAGAAAUGAAGCUUGUGUGCAGACAUGGACUGUAACAGCCAAUCUGACGACAUUUAGUUGUUUUGUUUUGUCUGGAAUAUAAUAGAAAGGACUGGUAGUAUCUAUUUUUGUGUGUUCUUCCCAAGCGGUGUUGGUGAAUUAUCGUUUGGAAGGAGAUCGACAUGCUGAAGAAAGAGGAAAAAUACUGUUUUUGUCUAGUUUAGUGUUGUCUAACUGGCCUGGAGAUCUUAUUAUAAGGGUAAAUCUGCAUUGUAAACAUGUAAGCCAUUUUAUUUUGGGGUUUGAUGCAGAGUUGAUCAGUUAUUCAGACUACAGCAUGCCAGGUCCUCCACCUUUGUUUGUCCAAGUUUUUUAUAUUCCAUAGUGUCUAUUCCACGGUUUGAAAAAUAGUGAGGUUUAAUGGCAUGAAAACAUCGGCACCAUGUUGCUACAAAAUAAAUAAUGAUGUUCUCUGACUGCAGCACAGCUCAGGUUUCACUGGACAUUCUCUUGGAACUAUAGCCUAUAUUCAUCAAUGUCGCAAUCAAGGAGUUUGUGACUUUGUGAUCAGGUGCCUUAUUUAUCAGAUGAAGAGUAAUGCGUUGACAACAGGUGAAGCCUCAGUUCUCUGGCCAUUGCACAGACACAUGUACUGUAGGAAGAGUGAGAAAGGGAGCUUUCUAGAUAUGGAUUUGGUGCAGGUCAGCGCACGUUGUCAUGUUGGGGUCCGUCACAUGUUACUCUUCUCCAGUUAUCUUGUAGAUCUGGUCGUUUGUUCGAGGCACCAGAUUAGUGGAUUUGUGUGUCUUAAUGCACAACUUCCCUCCAUGUUCCCGACUCUCCUCCGUCUUCCUGCUAUAAAAACCACCCCGCUUCCCAUCAUGGGUUGUUAUUCCGACGAGUUCUCUUUUAAUGUCUUUUUGUUUUUAGAUUCUGGGGAUAUUUAUUUUCAGAGAUGUAGCUUUAUAACUGAUGUUAUGGUAGCUUUGUUUAACUUUCAAAUACUGUCUGAGUUGACAAAGGAGGGGGUUUUUCCGUUGCAAUGCGUGUGAGAUAUUUACACCUGUUUCGUUAUGUUGUAACUCGGAUCCAGUCCUUAUCUUAUUUGUUUCCCGUUAAAGUGUACUGGUCUGGUGUGGUCAUUACCUGCUUAUUGCAUGCUGUAGCUGCCUGUAGCGUUUACAUUUAGCAAAAUUCUUGUUGAGCCUUUUCACCUUGUUUUUUUUCUCUGAAUUAGCAUUUGUUUCCGAAACUUCUUUAACUAAGACUAUGCAUGCACGUUACUGUGACCCUCUGUGUGCUGAACUGUAUGGGCAUUAACAACUGAAGAUAUGAACCCUUGGAAGACGUGUCAUUGGUCAGCUAUUUUGGAAGGGGGUUUGCUGUUUGAGAGCAGAUCCCAGGAAUGAUGCGACAUGGAGCCACACGUUGUAUCUAAUGUUGGCUGGAUAUGUUUUUCCUGUGCUUUAUGGUAGUGUUUGCCUUUUAUUUGGACUAUUUUGCCGUAUACUGACCCCUGGUGGCCAUAUGAGAACUGUUGAAGAAAAUGCUUCUACUUUUCAUAUCUUUGUAUGAUCAGUAAUGAAUACACUGAACAAGAAUAUAAACGCAACAUGCAACCAUUUCACAGAUUUUACUGAGUUACAUUUCAUAUAAGGACAUUUAAAUAAAUACAUUGAAACAAAUUUGUGCACAAAAUUUGAGAUAUGCUUUUAGUGCGUAUGGAAAAAUCCUGGGAUCUUUUAUUUCAGUUCAUGAAACAUGGGACCAACACUUUACAUAUUGCGCUCAUAUUUUUGUUCAGUAUAUACUACCGGUGAAAAGCUUUAGAACACCUACUCAUUCAAGGGUUUUUCUUUAUUUGUACUAUUUUCUACAUUGUAAAAUAAUAGUGAAGACAUCAAAACUAUGAAAUAACACAUAUGGAAUCAUGCAGUAACCAAAAAAGUGUUAAACAAAUCAAAAUAUAUUUUCUAUUUGAGAUUCUUCAAAUAGCCACCCUUUGCAUACUCUUGGCAUUCUCUCAACCAGCGUCACCUGGAAUGUUUUUCCAACAGUCUUGAAGGAGUUUCCACAUAUACUGAGCACUUGUUGGCUGCUUUUCUUUCACUCUGCUGUCCGACUCAUCCCAAACCAUCUCAAUUUGGUUGAGGUCGGGGGAUUGUGGAGUCCAGGUCAUCUGAUGCAGCACGCCAUCACUCUCCUUCUUGGUAAAAUAGGCCUUACACAGCCUGGAGGUGUGUUGGGUCAUUGUCCUGUUGAAAAAUAAAUGAUAGUCCCACAAAGCCCAAGCCAGAUCGGAUGGUGUAUCGCUGCAGAAUGCUGUGGUAGCCAUACUGGUUAAGUGUGCCUUGAGUUCUAAAUAAAUCACAGACCGUGUCACCAGCAAAGCACCAUCUCACCACCUCCUCCAUGAUUCAUGGUGGGAAAUACACAUGCUGAGAUCGUCCGUUCACUCACAAAGAUACAGCGGUUGGAACCAAAAAUCUCCAAAGGACAAAUUUCCACCGGUCUAAUUUCCAUUGCUUGUGUUUCUUGGCCCAAGCAAGUCUUCUUCUUAUUGGUGUCCUUUAGUGGUGGUUUCUUUGCAGCAAUUUGACAAUGGCUGAGAGAAUGCCAAGAGUGUGCAAAGGGUGGCUAUUUGAAGAAUCUCAAAUAUAAAAUAUAUUUUGAUUUGUUUCACACUUUUUUGGUUACUACAUGAUUCCAUAUGUGUUAUUUCAUAGUUUUGAUGUCUUCACUAUUAUUCUACAAUGUAGAAAAUAGUAAAAAUAAAGAAAAACCCUUGAAAUGAGGUGUUCUAAAGCUUUUGACUGAUAGUGUUUAUCCCACUGUUAUAGAAAUGGCUUGUCUGCCAUGUAUUAUUUUUAGUUCUCAGAUUAUGUUGAUAUUUUGUUUCAGGAAGAUGUGUUGUUUUCUUGGUGUGACACUUCUGUACUUCAGCAAUAGCUUGACCUCCAUUUGUCUACGUCAAUAGAAAGAAGACACAUUUUAGCACAGUGUUAUUUUUAUCAUGGUUAUUUCACGUAUUCAUCAUUUGUAAAUGCAAAAAGUUAUAAUUCAUGUUUUAUAUUGUUAUUUAAGAAAUCCCUAUAGGUAAAUACAUACAGUAGACCUAAAUUAAGCAACCCACCAAAUAUCAAACUUGAACAUGUUUUAUUCUUCUUUACUGUGGAUAUUUAUAGUUUUUGAUUUUGUAUAUUGGAAAUUAAAUAACUGAUUUAUGUGUUAAUCCCAAUAAUGUCUUAAGGUGAUGGCGCUGUAUUUUUGCUGGACUAGAUAAAAAGGUGUUUGAGUUGUA